GCUGUACUUAUGGAAUGAUUUAUAAUGGACAUGAUAAAGAAUCAAGGCAAGAAGUUUGCAAUGAUCGUUUUAACUUUAAGUGCAACUGCCAGCCUUGCAUAAAGAAUUGGCCAACAUUUAAUCUUAUACCAAACCACCAUUCUAUAUUAAAGUAUAUUCUGAACCCUAGUAUGGCAGAUAUAGUGUCAUCCGAGUGCAAAAAGUUUAUGGAAUUUACAAAGUCAGUGGAACCAAAAGAUCAUUGUCAGCAUUUAAAUUAUUUAUAUUCAUUUAUUAAACUUUUGUAUGCUAAUGUAGAACGACCAUUUGCAUUAUAUGAGGAUUGUCUUGAAAUGAUAGGUAAUGCUCAUAGCAUAAGUACUUAUUUAAUAAGUAUUUGUGAAUAAUGAACAUCUAUGAAUAUUGAUAUCUUACUUUUAUAAUAACUGGUUUAUUAAUAAUUAAGUAAUUUUUAAUUAUAUCAAAAGUAGUAAUUUGUGUUCAA